ACUGCUGUGGAAUCCAAUUCCACAAACACAAACAUUGGUUUGCUCGCUUCGUUGAUUAGUACCCUGGUGCACCAGUCCUGGAGGAACCGCAGUUCAGUUUUGAUGAGCGGUGCUUCCAGUAGCUUACGGGCAGCUUUCUCACACUGUGUACAGCAAGUACGAAGCUAUGAUUACCAUCACUACCUCUGCCUCCUUGAACUGCCUCCUAAUAUGCGGAAGGCUGCAUUUGCACUCCGUGCAUUCAAUGUGGAAACUGCAAGAGCCAUGGAUGUUGCUUCUGAUCCCAGGAUUGGACUCAUGCGCCUUGUCUGGUGGCAAGAAGCCAUUGACAAAAUUUAUGCCAAUAAAUUAAUUGAGCACCCGACAGCACAGGCUCUUGCAUCAGUGAUGUCUGAGAAUAAAAUUAGCAAGGCGUGGAUCAGAAGGUCUGUUGAAGCUCGGAUUAAUGAUGCAAAGAGAGAGGAAGCUGACUUCCCUGAAAGUAUUGAGGAGUUGGAGAAAUAUGCUGAGGACACUGUGUCAACUCUCUUAUAUAUGACACUUCAAGCUGGUGGUAUUAGGUCUACAGCAGCUGACCAUGCUGCAUCUCAUGUUGGCAAGGCAAGUGGUCUUCUAUUACUACUCAAAUCUCUGCCAUAUCAUGCUAGUCGCAAUCAACUUUUUUCUUAUAUACCAGCUAAAGUGGCAGCAAAGCACGGAUUGUUGGUUAAGGAGGGAGGUCGUACAGAAAUCUGCUUGGAUUCUCGUGAAGGAUUAUGUGAUGCAGUUUUUGAGAUGGCAUCAGUUGCCAAUUCCCAUUUGCUGAAAGCUCGUGAGUUAGCAAGCAGUGUACCUGUUGAGGUUCGUAAGGUGCUUCUGCCAGCUUUGCCUGCUCAAGUUCUCUUGGACACUCUCAGUCAGGUACAAUUUGAUGUAUUUGACUCAAGGCUAGCAAGAGGGAUUCUUGGCAUUCCUCCAUCAUGGUACCAAUUGAAGCUGAAGUGGUAUUCAUGGAGAGGAAAAUACUGAAAGUUUUGUCUUUGCCUUUUAUCCAGUGAGAGGAUACUUUUCAUCAGGAAGAUUUGUGGUGUUGUACUUGUGAUUCCUUCAUAAUAAAGGGAUUGCCAUCCUCAACAAAACAUGUUUUUAUCAAAAGCUACCGUGGCUAACAAGGUAGCUUUAUUGUGUUUGAUUUUGUUAUAUCUAGAAGACUUUGUGGAGUGAUGCAGAUGAAUUCAUUAGAAACUUGAGUACAGGCUGUUCUUCUGCAUGCCAUCCCCCUCCAACAUUCCCAUUGCCACCCUUCGACUUUCCUUGUUACUCACUCUUCUCUCCUCCCUCCCCCAUUCUCUCCCCAACCGUCCCAUUCCAUUUCUUUCCUCCACACCUUUUCUUGUUUCUUGCCAGUUUUCCCGAACCGCUUCAGCAACCAACAUCCAUGGCUCUGUCCCUCAAGAACUCACCUCUGCUUCUGUUUUUACUUCUACUCUCGGCAGCUGCAGGUAUAGGCAGAGCUGCUCG